UUUGGUUCUUACAGGCUGGAAUUACUCGAUGGCAGGCGUCCAGCGCUAGGGUGGUUGUCGCUAUUGCUACUCUGGGGACGGGAGCGGGGCGAGGUGGCCCAGGGGUUCCUGGCAAGUGGUGAUGUAAUGUGGGCACCGCUCGCAGCCCCCGCAGGAAGGGGGCGCUGGGGUUUCCUCACGUCCCGGACGCAGCGCAGGUAGCGAUUCCCGCAGGCACGCUGCGUCCUGAGCGCGCGAGGCGGGGUCGCGCGCCGUGUGCACCAGGGGGAGCUCGAGGCAGAGUCGGGCGGCGGCGGCAGCGUCAGGGCACCAGGUUGCUGAGGAGCCGCGGGGCCUGGCCGCCCCCAUCCUCACACCAAGGAGGUCGUGGAGAGACGAGAAGUGCCCUCGGUCUCGCCCGGCCCCGUGGCGGUUCUAGCGGAGAGCCGGGUCUGCCCGACGGCAGUGGCGGGCGCAAACGCCAUCGCGUCGGAAGCUUGGCCGGGACCUAGAGGCGCAGUGGAGGAGGCUGGCUCCGGGGAACUGAAACUCUGAGAGGAACCUGCCCAGGGACGCUCCUCAGGAGGAGGAGGCGAUGGAGGGACACGGCCGCGCACACCUCGCAGACCGCAGCGGUCGUUCGCAUGGUCGCGAGCACAGACGGCAGCAACACAGACACACCUCAGAGCCCACGAGGCCCUAUUAUGAGUCCCGCGGCUGGGAGAGGGACGAGGACAGAAGGCAGUGUCGCCGAGGUUCCCCAGCUUAUUCCUCAAAGCGGGCAUAUUGUGGUUACAGCCGGUCUCCCCCACCGUCUACACGUCCUCGUCUGAUGUCCAGGGACCGUCACAGACGCCCCUCGGAGACCUACGUUGUACAGCGGGGACCCGGAGAAGGACCCUAUGAUGCUCCCCGGGCCAGAAUGGGGUUCAGUCAAGACCACCGCCUUUGUGCCCCCCACGGGAGGGAGGCUGGGAGUCUAAGCUGGGGGCACCAGCCUCCCCACAAGGACAAACACCCUUUGGGUGCCAAAGAAUACGAGAACUCUUCUAUUUUGACCAGCCAAAAAUCAGUCCUGGCCUCCUCCCGAGAGGAAAGCCCGCGGUCUGUCCCCAGGGACAGAGCAAAGGAGAAUCCGUCCUUUACUGGCGUCAAAGAGGAGGAAAGAAGGCUUCGCAGGAUCCAGUUUUCACCUUCCUUUGGGCACCCUUCAGACUUUAAAAAGCAAAAGCAGGAAGACUUAGAGAAAACCAAACCGGACAAAAACAAGCAAAGUCUCAACCGCUUGGACAUAGCAGAGGGGACAAGAGGCCUGUUACCCAAGGUGAAAGAGAAGGCUACCAAUAACGGAAAGAUUCAAGAAGGGAAAAUAAGACCUCCCCAUUUGGAUGGAAAGCCAGAUGGCUCCCUCCCUGAAGUUGAGGAGACAGAUAUGGAUAAUGAAUGCAAGCCGCCCACCAUGCCUUUUCAUUCAUUCCUCAACCAGGACCAGCCUAGGGAGAACACGAAAAAGAUUAUGAAAACUUCAGCCACUGCUCUUGAAGAGAAAGGACCUAAAAAAAAUGACUCAAGUCAAAACUUGGACUUGGUUCAGGAACUGCCUGAGGUGAAUGAAAACAGAUCAGAGAAACUGCAACCAUCUGGAAACAUCUGGGCCAAGCUGGAAAAGGUCCCCACUGAUGCACCAGUAUGGCCAGAUCUUCCAUUACCCAGGAUCUCCGCCAAGUACCAUCCACUUCCUGCCUCUAGAUUGAUGUCCUCCUUCCAACCAAAGCAAAAAGCAUUGUCUUCACCCCAGAAAGAGGAAGAAGUUGGAUUUACUGGAUGCAGAAUGAACUCUAAGAUGCAAGUGUUUUCUGGCUCUAAGUGUGCCUAUCUCGCCAAAAUGAUGACCCUGCGCCAACAGUGCAUCUGGGUACUUAAAAACAACAUCAAUUCAAUCUUUAAAGUGGGAGGAGUCCCAUAUUCAGUUCUUGAACCCAUCUUGAAGAGCUGUGCACCUGAUCAGCUGUAUCGCAUAGAGAAAUACAAUCAUACACUAGUUCAAGAAACAGAUCAACUAUGGAAAAUUCACUGUCACCAAAACUUUAGGAAAGAAAGGCCACAAGAGCAUGAGUCAUGGCGAGAGAUGUACAUGCGGCUUCAGGAUGCCCAAGAGCAGCGGCUUCGAGCACUGACAGUGACUAUCCAGUCUGCACACGCCAAUAAACCCAAAGGCCGACAAGCAAAAAUGAUCCUACUCAACUCUCUGGCCCGGCCACCUUCUGACAUCCAAAGGAGGGAGCAGUUUGAAACACGAGAAGCAGCUGUCCCUGAAAAAGUCAAGAUCAAGCCAGCCCCGUACCCCAGAGAAACCAGCCAUACUCCGUCCAGCAGCAACAGCCUUAACCUUACCCAAGAGAAGCUGGCCCACACAUGCUCAAGCACUACCAGUACCCACUUGCCACAGGUGGUCAGUGGCAGGAAACCUGUGAAGAAAAUUGCUCCUAUGAUGGCCAAGACAAUUAAAGAUUUCAAGAACAGAUUCUCCCAACGAUAAAUUGAGGCCUUGCCUUGGAGGUGGAAUUCAGGGGGAGAAAUACAAGGGCAGUGGGGGUUAUGGAAUGGGACUUUCUAAGAAGACCAGCAACUUUUGCUUUGUAGAAACUUUUGGACUCGCACUCCUAUAGUUUUCAAAUGUUGUUUCUGUAAGCCUGCACACCAAACCCCUGCCUCCCUGCCUAGAGAACACUUCAGAAUUCUGAAGAUGAGAAGCCUCAUUCUCAAUGACAAUUUUAAGAUACAUUAUACCUUUGUUCUUAACUAACCUUUGUAAACAGUAAGACAUAGUCUUAAUUAACAAAUAUUAUCUUCAGGUUGUAUUUAUAUAAAUAAAAAUAUGUAAACAUGGUUUUUUUUUUAAUCUCAGAGUAGAUGAGGCCUUUUUGAAUACAAACCCAGAAGCCAUUAAUUUAAAAGGCUGAUAUAUUUGACCACAUAAAAAAUUCUAAAUAUAUAAAAAAGGUCAAGAGACAAUAACUGGGAAAGAUAUUUACAACUCAGUUAACAUUCAAAAGGCCAAUUUCCUUUAUAUAUAAUAAGUGCCCACAAAGCAAAGAAAAAAGAUAAAUAAUUUACUAUAAAAAUGGACAAGCAUAGGAAAAGAUGGUUCACACAAAAAGAAACACAAAUGACUCUAUAUGACGAGAUGCUCAAUCUUACAAAAAUGCCAAUUUGAAACAAUACAAAUUUCCACAUAUCAGUUGAGUAAAAUUCAAAAAAUUAAUAGCCUGCUAUGUUGGAACAGAUGAUCAUACAUUACUAGUAAGAUGAUAAGUUGAUACAACUUCUACUGAAGUUAAAAGGCAAAUUUAUAUACACUUUUUGGUACUACAGUAUCACUUAAGAUGAGAAACUGAAUAUAUAAAUGGAUAAUGGUCAGACCCACAUAAGCUCAGGAAGCCAAACCACAACCUCUGUAAGCAACCAUCUCAGAAAACCAAAUCCCAGACCCUAUAGCAAUCUGUCCAAGAAACUAAAUCACAACCUCCAUAGCAACUGGCCCAGAAUGGUCGAGAUUUGCUCAACAACUGCCAGCCUCCCUAUUUUUGCUCUUAGCCUCCAAGUCAGGACCAACCAAGAAAGCCAAAUAUGACCUCCAAAUCAAUCACCUAAGAUGCCCCACUUCUAGGUAGCCCAACUCCAGAUUUCCCAGGUCAACAGCCUCCAAUCAG